AUGGACACCCAAUUCCACCAGAUCGUAAUCUCGUCCAUGCCAUCAGACUGGAGACAAGACAUAUGGAGCAUACCCAGGUCCUCGAGUGCAGAUGUGUUCACCUAUCUGCAUACACUGUGGUAUGAGAAGGAGGAAGAGCGGAAGGAGGAGGAGCGUGACACCAAGCGUGUCAAAGCACUGAUGGCAGCACACAACACCACCAUGCCUACCACCAGAAAGUGUUGGGUGAAAGGAGGCAGCAUGGAGGGACAGUGGCCGAAGCAGAAUCAAGCCAACAAACCAAAGAGUGGGACAAAUGCAAGCACCGCGAGCACAGAUGACACUGAAAUCUCCACUCCCAUGGCAACAUACGUGAUGUCGACCCAGACGGACAUAAACACAAAACAAAUUUCGCUUUACUCCCGUCUACUGUCCUCCCGAUCGUCUGUACGAUCAAAUACACGCUUUUACUACACGUUUAAGCCAUCCGACUCCCCAACGCCUAACGCCUUGCUCUGGGACCUCAAUCUAAGUAAUGUUGAAGCUACCCCCUACGUCAAACUACGUGCCGCUUCUCCGUUACCACCUCCAACACUCGAGGACGUCCACCCCCAAACCCCAGUUCCCGGGACCUCCCCUCCCGGGCGUAUACCUUCUCAGGAGCUUAUACGCUUGAGACCUAUUCCCUCUACGACCUAUUAG